UUUCUCGAGCCGCUGUCGAGGUAUUUUCGGAUUAAACCGAAAUAUCUUUUACUUCGAUGAAAUAUCCUCUUUCGGCCGUCUGUAAUAUCUGAUUUUUCUCCAUGCUAUCGCGACCGAGCCAAGGAAAAAGUUUUAAUUUAGACGCUCUGCAACGAGCGAAUAUUCGAUCGUCUCUGUGUACGUGACUUUAGAUCGAGUGUCGAUUGUCGGUAAAUUAUCGGUUAACAACUUAUUGUUUAUGAGUAGUGUUCGAACACUUGCGUUGCGGUACGUUCGAACUUUCCCGCGUCGGCUGGUCGCGCCACCCACUACACGAUGCAAAGUGCGCAGGCGCGACUUGUACAAAGUGUACAACACGCGUGUGCUAUCGGCAAUCAUCGGUAUAUAGUUUGAAUCGGCGUGUUUCCGAGGAGGUACCGCUACAUCGCGCACAGCAGUUCCUCGGCUUGCCGUGACGUUAUCAUCAUCCUUUUUUUUUUCUCAUGUUCAAUCGCAGUUCAGGGUCCUGACACGCCGUUACGCGUGUCAUGAUGCGUUGAGAAGAGCGAGCGAGAAAGAGAAAAGCAAAAGAGCCACAGUGUGAGAUUUGUUUGGAACACGCGCUCUCAAUCGACGAUGCUUUAACAGAUCAAACACCAAAGAAAUAUCUUUUCCAUAACGCACAGAAUAAGUUCAAAGCCUAAAAAUGGGGUUCUUGGCAACGUUAAAACGUUCCCGUAUAGUGCAUCUCAUGUUUGCAAUUACUUUCUUCACAUCAGGCUUAAUUAUAAACUUCUUCCAAUGUAUUCUGUAUUUUGGAUUAAGGCCUUUUUCAAAAUAUUUGUACCGUAAGAUUAAUUACUACCUCUGCUACUCAUUUUACAGUCAAUUAGUAUUUAUGGCAGAAUGGUGGUCAGGCACAGAUGUCAUUAUUUAUAUAGACAAGAAGGAUUUUGAAAAAUAUUACGGAAAGGAACAUGGUUACCUAGUAAUGAAUCACAGUUAUGAAAUUGAUUGGCUAAUGGGAUGGAUGUUCUGUGAGCGUAUUCGUAUGCUUGGAAACUGUAAAGCUUACGCUAAGAAAUCCAUUCAAUACAUUCCCACUCUUGGAUGGGCAUGGAAAUUCGCUGAAAGCAUUUUCUUAGAGCGAAGUUGGGACAAAGACAAAGAAACAAUCGGCGCACAAAUAAGAGAAUUGGCUGAUUACCCAGAUACCAUGUGGCUUCUACUGUACGCGGAAGGUACACGAUUCACGCCUGAGAAGGCAGAGGCUAGUCAGAAGUUUGCAAAAGAAAAGGGAUUGCCCGUAUUGAAGCACCAUUUGACACCUCGCACAAGAGGGUUUACAGCAAGUAUUCCACAUUUGAGAGGCAAAGUUGGAGCUAUUUAUGAUAUUCAAUUAGCAUUCAAGCCAUCCGACACUGUUAAGCCUACCAUGACAAAUCUCCUGCUUGGAAAAAAAGUUGAAGCGCACAUGUACAUAAAUAGAAUACCUCUCGAUACAGUACCGGAAGGUGACGAAGCUGCAGCACAAUGGUUACACGAUAUUUACCAAGUCAAAGAUCGAAUGGCGGAUAGUUUUGUAAAAACUGGAGACUUUUUUGAAACAAGUGGCGUGCCUAGAACAGAUUCAUUCAAAUUAGAAAGGAGAAUUUGGUCUCUUGUUAACACUAUGUUUUGGGCGAUUGUUGUUCUUGUACCUAUGCUAUAUUACCUUGUUAGGCUCUUCUUGUCUGGCUCAACGAUGUACUUUUCUAUAGGAGUCGGAAUCAUAGUUUUAUUUUUCUUAUUGAUGUAUAAAACUAUCGGAAUGUCCGAGAUCAGCAAGAGUUCGUCAUACGGAGCGGCCGAGACGAAAAAAGCAAAGUAAGAGAAAAAAAAACCUAAUAAAACGCACUUUUGUAGCAGCGCGCAAAACAGAAAACGAAAAAUUGUGCAGAUGAUUGUUUUUGAUUGCUGCAAGUGAUCGUGAAAUUUAUAUAUAACAAUGAUGUAACUCGUUUAAAAAAAAGACACACCUGUUAUUGUGCUAUAAUUUACGUUAUGUGCGAUAAAAUCAGGACGUAAAUGUUUUUUUAACAUAGCCUGUCCAGAUAAGAUAUACUGUACACGUACAAUACGUUUCUUUUUUUUUUGUUUGUCAAUUUAAAAGAACAAAAACAAAUUACUGUAUCUUUCCGUUGACUUUCUACUUUGUCGGACAUAUAAAAAUUGUUAUUGUUACAGUAAAUAACUGUUCAACUUCAAUUUAA